AUUUCCGUCCCUCGCAACCUCCGCCAGCCCAAAUAUCAGAAGCAUCGCAGAAUGCUGCCACCCCGAGCUGCAAUCGGUCGGGUACCGGGGGCCUCCCUGUCACUACGGCCCCAGAUUCAUCAUGGCCUGCGUCAACCGUUUCGUCCCUUCACGCACAACUCCCGCCUCUCGCUCGUCUCGACGCCGUUAGGUCGCCCUCAGCUGCCAUUCCUCUCCCCGCUGACGAGCACUCGCCCUCAACCGCCGUUGUCUAUUCACCUCCGACAGCACUUUGCCCGAUUGAUCUCUACCGAGAGCCGGAAUUACUACCGCCGACGGAUCUCCCGGGGUCUGCGAAUCGGUCUCACGUUCUACGCCAUCCUAGUCAUGUUCCAAAUCAUCAAGCUAGGCGUGUACCAGGAAGAAAUCGAGCACCAAUGGCCCACUCCGCCCGAGUGGUCCUGGAAAAGUCGCUGGUGUCUCCGGUCGGCCCUGGCGCAGCAGAACCCCGAGCAAAUCGGCAAGCUGUUGGCCAGUUGGCCCCUGGUCGCGGGAUACACGCGGGAGCUGAUCGAGCGAUUGGAGAAUCCCGAGGUCGAGGGCCAGGGUGUUGUUGAGCAGAGCGAUGGCGGGUUCUUGGUCGAGGGCGUGGGCAAGACCGGAUUGGAUGUCUCCGCCAAGAGUGAGCCGUGGAGGAGAGGUUAUCACCAGGCCCUGAUGGGCGCUGCUAGGGCCGCAGAGAACCUCGACGGUUGGUUGACGGAUCGCAAGCAGCGCAUCUCCGCGCCGGCAGAAUACGUCGUGGGCCCCUCGAACCCUCGUCCGAAGCCCAUGCCUGUCGGCCAGAAGACGACACUGCAUGAGGAGGAUUGUGAACCGGCCUCCCCCGGCCCCGAGACCUUCUACAUGAAGAUCUUGACGACGCGGGGCUUCGACACGCGGCAGAAGCUCGACGCCGCCCUCGCCUACGCCGACUGGCUUGAGUACAAGGGUCUCCAAGAUACCGCGAGCGACAUGUACAGCUGGGCCAUGGACAUCGCUACCUCCGCCUCCCCCGUCGAAGCCUCGAAGGUCGUGGACAUGAAGACGGGCGUCCUGAAGAACGACGGCAAGUACCUGCCCUCGGAAAACAUCAUGCGCGUCUCCACGGCCCUUGCUGUCCACCAUGCCCGCCAGAAGAACCUCCCCAUCUCCCUCUCCCUCUUCACCUCCGUCCUUAAGGCCCGUCGCGCCCUCCCCCCGGCGGAACCAGGCACCAUCUUCCCCACAUCUCCCUCCAUCAAGAGAACCCCCGACCCCAUCCGCGCCUUUUUCAACGCCAUCAAAACCGUCCUCACCCCCGUCGAAUACCCCGCGCCUCUCCCCUCCGGCGACGAACCCCCCGUCCGCGCCCCCACCGCUCCCUGCGACGAAGCCGGCCUCAUGACCUACAUCGGCGAAAUCCUCUUCGCCUCAUCGUCCCAGGAGACCGGCCUCGCCUGGACCCGCGACGCCGUUGACACGGCCGAGUCCACGAUCCUCGAAUUCGGCGGUCCGGAAUCCUUCGACGCCCACCGCUGCACGGAAUGCCUCCGCGUCGGCCUGAACAACUGGAAAACCAUGGUCGCGCAGCUCCUGGCGCAAGCCAAGAAGGACGAAUCCGAGAGCCUCCAGAACGCCGAGAAGGCGUGGUUUGGUGGCCAGAAACGCGCGCAAGCCAAGUCCUUGGAGCGCAAGCGCUGGGACGCCGAGAAGCUGAUCCUGGAUGAUCGGAUUAAUCGGCUCUGGCCGACCCUAGACGGCGAGACCGGAUUGGGCUCUAUGGCGCCGAAUAGUUCCUUGUUUACUUGAUUAGCCUCCUCUUCCUCUUCCUCUUCCUCCUUCUCUUCGUGUCUCUCUAGAAUGAGAUUCGUGGCGAUUUGAUUGAUUAUUUAUUUUCUGACUUCCUAUACAUACAUACCAUGGUGUUUAUUGAUGUUCAAUGUUACUUUUUGUGUCUUGGAUGGGGUGUUUGGCGGAAAAUCUCAUUUCAUUUCAUUGGCAUCUGCCUACCUACUCGACUGUAUUUAUUAGUGCAUAACUUAUUUGCAAGUAGCAUCAGAGGGCGAAAACAAAAUGAAAGGAC